GCGUGCCGGGGGCAGGGGCUGGCCGCGCUCGCAGCCCUCCCGCCCGCCGGAGCGUCCGCGCCACCGCCCCCACCGCCGCGGCGGCCGGCAGGAUGGCGGAGAGCGAAGCCGAGACCCCCAGCACGCCCGGGGAGUUCGAGAGCAAGUACUUCGAGUACAAUGGGGUGCGGCUGCCGCCCUUCUGCCGGGGAAAGAUGGAGGAGAUCGCCAAUUUCCCGGUGAGGGACAGCGACGUCUGGAUUGUCACCUACCCCAAAUCAGGCACAGGCUUGCUCCAGGAAGUGGUCUAUCUAGUGAGUCAGGGAGCUGAUCCUGAUGAGAUUGGACUAAUGAAUAUAGAUGAACAACUUCCUGUCCUAGAGUACCCACAGCCUGGUCUGGACAUCAUCAAGGAACUGACAUCUCCUCGCCUCAUAAAAAGCCACCUCCCGUAUCGGUUUUUGCCUUCAGACCUCCAUAAUGGCAAUUCAAAGGUAAUAUACAUGGCUCGCAACCCUAAAGACUUGGUGGUGUCUUAUUACCAAUUUCACCGCUCCCUAAGGACCAUGAGCUACAGGGGAACGUUUCAGGAGUUCUGCAGAAGGUUUAUGAAUGACAAGUUAGGAUAUGGUUCGUGGUUUGAACACGUGCAAGAGUUUUGGGAACACCACAUGGAUGCCAAUGUACUUUUUCUCAAGUAUGAAGAUAUGCAUAAGGACCUAGCAACAAUGGUUGAGCAACUGGUGAGGUUCUUGGGAGUUUCUUAUGACAAAGCACAGUUGGAAUCCAUGGUGGAACACUGUCAUCAACUAAUUGAUCAGUGCUGUAAUGCAGAAGCACUUCCCGUUGGCAGGGGACGAGUUGGGCUAUGGAAAGAUAUCUUCACCGUUUCAAUGAAUGAGAAAUUCGAUCUAGUUUAUAAACAGAAGAUGGGAAAAUGUGAUCUCACAUUUGACUUCUAUUUAUAAAAACUGCAUGCAUAUGAUAUCUAAAUAUAGCUAAAAGUGCUUUAUGCAUUCAUUUAUUACCUGCUGGACAAACUAGCUAUUAUGUGUAACGAGAUUUAAAGAAGGAAAAACAAUCUAAGUAAACCAUAUCAGAUACAAUUAUCUUUGCUCCUAAACAGCUGUUUAUCUUCUAGUAUUAUAAUCUAUUGUCCACAGGCAAGAACUUCUUGGCCAAUACUAGAAUAUUCAGCUGUUAUGGAAUGUAUUAUAUACAUAUAAGGUAUGUAUCAUAUAUGCAAUUAGAAUGUACACCUUUGCAGCCCCACAUUGACUAUUUAAUGUGUUUUAUAAGAGCUUUUCACUAGAACCUAAAUAAACGUCCAUACACCAAAUUAAAACAAACAAAAAUGUUUCAGAGGGAAGCAAGUAACAGGCCAAAACUGUAUGCUAGAAUGAUCUCAGGGGUUAAGUGUCACAUUUAUUUUUAUAGCAGGUUAUAUCAAGUAUAAAUAAAUCCCAUUCCAAAAUAAUAACUGAUCAAAGUGGGGCUCACAUUAGGUUCUGCACACCUUUAUCAGUAUCAUUGGAGUAGGUUCCGUGCACUGGCAUACUCUGCAAGACAGGCCUUCUCAUAAAGUACAGCUGCAAUUGUCACUGGUCCCAGAACCCACCCAUGCUUUCAUGGAUGACAGCACACAGCUGUGUUCCCGAUGGAUGAAGUUCAGCGCCAUGCUAGGUCAGCAAAAGCUUCUUAACCCCCCAACUCCAGUCCUUCAAAACGGAGCUUUCAAGCUAGGCAUCUGGUACAGGGUCUUGAGGAUUCAGUCUGACCACUAUGAGUGUCUCGUGUAGAUGUGAGUUUCACCCAUUAGAGACAGAAAAAGAAGAUAAGGUGCUGCGUAUCUUCUAGUUCCACUAGAAGUUAAGAGCCCUUAGCCCUGGUUACCGUGUGUGCUACUGGAGUCCCCCAGACCUAAGUGAAAGAUUGAUGCCAGUGUAAGAGGAGGCUGAGGAAGCAGCCGCCUUGAAGCAGAACAGUUUAGCAGCAUCACGCCACCAGGUGGGAGUAUUGCACAAAUAUUCCUGCAGAGUACGACGUAGUCCUGGUCAGCCAUGACUCAGCCCUGAGUUCUCCUCGGGAUUGAAGUUUACUUUAGAAUCUUUUUUAAAAGUUCUUUUCUUUGGCAGGUGCACAAACAGCCUGGAGCAGGCGACUGUCACUAGAACUCCAGAGUUAUUUUAUCCUUCUGUUCGGUAAUGACAUCUGUGCUUUUUUAGGUUCUCAGCUGCAGGAGGCCCGGUUUUGCUGGUCAAAUAUUCAGGCUCACCAAAGCUGUGAGGAAGGACUAGCUGAUUUUUAGUGUUUCAGUUCUGUUGGGAAACUAACUGUCAGUUCAGUAACUGGCAAGUGGUGUAGCAUGAUGUGGCUUGACAGCACUUUUCUUAGUAUAUUUGUGAGUGAAAAUGCUUUCAGUGAAAUUUUAUUUCUAUUUUUAUAUUUUUAGUACUGUAUGACUAUUAAGCACUACACAUUAUACGUCUGUGCUUGCUUGCUUAUUGAAUAAAAGAUGUGUUCCAUGCA